GCGUCGCUGGCGGAGCUGCACGAGCUCGAGGGGCUCGUGAGGCAGUGCCACGAGGACGUGUCUGCCGCCAGCGCGAUCGCGGAGCGCAUGGCUGCUGAGCUGCUCGAUGGGCAGGACCCGGAGGCCGACAGGCAGCGGUUGCAGGCCGCCCAGGACGCGCACGAGGCAUUGCGGCUGGAGGUCGAGGCCAUCACGAAGGCCUGCGAGCAGGCCCUGGCGGAACGGGACCGCGCGAAAGAGGCGCUGGUCUCGGUUCAGGACCAG